UGAGCUGGGAUGAACCCCUGACCUAUUAACUUUUUUGCAGGAUCCCAUAACUAAAGAUUCAGUUAGUCAUCAGGCAACAGCAAAGAGAUGGAUUCCAGUCUCCUCCAGGCAAUUGAGGAAAUUGAGAAUUUUUUCCAGCAUCUCUCUGAGCGACAUACAAAACAGGCAGAAACCCCAGAUGCACCAGAACCACAGAACUGUAUGCCUCUGACUGCCCAUGUUGAGGAGAGCCAACAUGAGUCAACCCGGAGCAAGACGAUGCCUCCCUUGGGGCCCACAAUGAUGACUUCUGCAUGCACUAACAUCCCUGGGACAGUUCUCACCCAGGACUUAACAAUGCACCCUCUUAAAGCCCUUGAUAUGGCCCUUGAAGACCUAAAUAAGACUUAUUCCAUGGGCCAGAAAGUGGCUUCCUUUGAUCAGAUAAAACACACAGCAGGCUCCCAGAUGACAGAUGUUACUGACACCCCAAAGUCAUCACCCACUGAUUGCCAGAAGACAGCCAUCACUGCAAGCAACAUGACAAUGUCCAGUGAAAGUAACCAGUUGAACACUCCAAGUAGUGACCAGACCCUCAAUGAGAGUCAGAUACCAACCCUGCAUGGAGAUCAGAUGAAGACCCUCAGUGAUAACCAGACUCUCUGUGGGGACCAGGUGACCUUCAGUAGUGACCAGACCCUCACUGAUGGUCAUACAGUGACUUCCAGUGGCUAUGAGGACCUCUCUGGGGGCCAGAUGACAAGCAGUCUAGACCUCUAUGGAGGGCAAAUGAUGUCUUCCACUGAUAACCAGACUCUCCAUGGGGAGCAGGCGACAACCUCCACUGGUAACCAGACCCUCUACGGGGAGCAGAUGACGACCUCCACUAGUUACCAGACUCCCACGGGAGCAGAUGAUUUGACUUCACUAGUAACCAGACCCCCACGGGAGCAGAUGACGACCUCCACUAGUAAACCAGACCCCACGGAGCAGAUGACGACCUCCACUGGUAACCAGACCCCACGGGAGCAGAUGACGACUUCCACUGGUGCAAUCAUUCAGACCUCCACGGGGAUGACGACUUCCACCAGUAACCAGACCUUCCGUGGAGAGCAGAUGACGACCUCCACUGACUUACAGGAGCAGAUGAUGACCUCCACUAGUAACCAGGACUCUACGGAGCAGAUGACGACCUCCACUAGUAAUCAGACCUCUGUAGAGCAGAUGACGACCUCCACUGACCUCUAUGGGGAGCAGAUAACGACCUCCACUGGUAACCAGACUCUGUGAGAGCAGAUGACCACCUCCACUGGUAACCAGGUUCCUUACGGGGACAGAUGAUGACCCCCCACUGCAACCAGACCCUCUAUGGGGAGCAGUGUGACGUUGACGACCUCCACUAGUAACCAGACCCUCUGUGGGGAGCAGAUGAUGACCUCCACUGGUAACCAGACUCUCUGUGGGGAGCAGAUGACGACCUCCACUAGUAACCAGACCCUCUGUGGGGAGCAGGUGACGACCUCCACUGGUAAUCAGACCCUCUAUGGGGGGCAGAAUAUGACCUCCAUUGAUAACCAGGCUCUCUGUGGAGGCCAGAUGGCAACAUAUAGUGGCAACCCGACCCUCUAUGGGGACCAGAUGCUGACUCUUCAGGUGGGCAAUAUGACAAUGCUCACUAAUGACCACAGCCUUUAUGGGGGAUAUAUGAUAUCCCAUCAGUUCUCAUCAUUGCCACACCCAGGAUUCCCAUGCUUUUCAAGUUCCCAUUUGAUUCAAGGACAAGUUCUAGAAAAGCAGAAGACACAGAGCUGCCAGUUCUGGAAGAAUCCUGAGGUUUCGAGGCCCUACAUCUGCACUUACGAGAACUGCAAGAAUUCUUAUAAAAAGGCUUGCCACCUCCGAACCCAUAUGCGCAAGCACACUGGGGAGAAGCCCUACAUAUGCAAUGUAGAGGGAUGUACGUGGAAAUUCACCCGCUCAGAUGAGCUCAACAGACACAAGAAAAGGCACACUGGGGAACGGCCCUACCUGUGUUCAAUAUGCAACAAGAAUUUUGCAAGAUCUGAUCACCUAAAGCAGCAUGCAAAGGUCCACAACGUUCACCCAGGAUUAUGA